UACUACAACCUUCUCCUGUACUUGCGUUGCCUUAUUGCAACUGAAUCAGCCUGACACAUUCCUGACGCAGCUCGAUUGAAACCAGAGAAAGAACAUGGAAGAUCAUGUGAACUAAUGACAUUUCAGAGACCGGAAACAAAACAGGUCGGACCAAGACAGCUUCACAUCUGUUUUGGUGAAACCUGCUCCUUGCUUCUCUGCUAACAAGACAACAUGGGCAGACAAAAGUUCUAUUUGGAGAAACUGUCCAAGACCUUCCAGAUCCGCAACCUACUGCUUCGCCAGGCCUUGGCAGAAUGUCUGGGCACCCUCAUCCUUGUGAUGUUUGGCUGCGGUGCGGUGGCUCAGUUGGUGUUGAGCAGCGGUUCGCACGGUUUGUUUCUGACUGUCAACUUUGCCUUCGGCUUUGCCGCCACUUUGGGAAUCCUGGUCUGUGGCCAAAUAUCAGGAGGACAUCUGAACCCCGCAGUGACGUUUGCGCUGUGCCUGCUCGGCAGGGAACGCUGGAGAAAGUUUCCCAUGUACUUCCUCUUUCAGACAAUCGGCGGUUUCUUCGGUGCAGCCAUCAUUUUCGGCAUGUACUAUGAUGCCUUGUGGGACCGUCCUGGUGCUUUCAAUGUCACUGGCCCAAAUGCCACAGCUGGAAUAUUUGCCACCUAUCCUGGAAAACAUCUCACCAUCGUCAAUGGGUUCUUUGAUCAGAUUAUUGGCACAGCAGCACUGAUCGUUUGUAUCCUGGCCAUUGUUGAUCCCUACAAUAACCCCAUCCCACAAGGAUUGGAGGCCUUCACUGUGGGCUUUGUGGUUCUGGUCAUUGGCUUGUCUAUGGGAUUCAACUCUGGCUACGCGGUCAAUCCUGCCAGAGACCUCGGACCUCGUAUUUUUACUGCAAUGGCGGGGUGGGGAACAGAAGUCUUCACUGUCAGAAAUGGUUGGUUCCUCGUACCCGUGUUUGCCCCCUUCCUCGGCACUAUCAUCGGCGUGAUCAUCUACCAAAUUAUGGUUGGUUUCCACGAGGAGGGAGAAGUACGCGACCGGAAGAACGCCGAGGCAGAGGAGAGUGUGCGGCUCACCAACGUUGUGGCCAACGACAAGUCGAAAGAAGCUACAAAACAAGUGCACUGAGCAGCUAGGCACAUUUUGUGGAUAGACACUAAAACAAACCAGGUUUGUACCACUUUUCGCCACAGUUUAACUGCCAGAUUGGUGUGAUCUUGAAAUGAAGCUACUUUCUUUGUGUUCAUUUGCAUUAAUUUGCGUUUGUAGUAGGAGGGAAGAGACAUAAUGCAAGCAUUCUUUUAAGAAAAGAUGAAAAUGUUAAGAUUGUGUCCCUGGUCUUAAGCAGUGUUUUAUUCUUUGUACCAAUGUAGUUUUAAAAUACCUUUUUAGGAAGAGAUGAAAAUCCAAAAUGUUCAAACAAGCACUUAGGCAUGUCUACACAACUUGGUUUCCAUGUUAGUCCGGACAAUUUCAAUAUUUAAAUUUGAAUUCAAGCAUUGGAAUGUGAUGUUUGAGAUUAUUGUAUCUUUCACUGUGGGGAAAACGAUUCUAUCACAAUAUUGAAUUUGUCAGUCUUUGGUUUUCUAAUGUGAAAACAAAUUACUUUUUUUUUUUUUUUUUUUUUUUUUUUUUUAUAUAUAUAGUCAUGAAUUGCACCAUGUUUGUUGAUUCCCACCUGCACUGUUAGUGACUUGUAUUUUGGUGCUGGACUGGAAUAUGAGCCUCUUUGUGUUUUGUAUGUAGGUGAUUCUUUUGUACUGAUACAAUAAAAAAAUAUAUAUAUAUUUCACAGAUGUGACUCAUGUUACUGUAUCAAAUGGUCCAGUCAUUAACACCAUGUUUCUUUUUUAUUUUAUGUUUUUAUUCUUUAACUAGCUACCAACCUAUAACUGUAUUUCCAGUACAAACGUAAUUUUUUUUAAAUGGUCACUGGUUAUGCCUGUAUUGAAUAUUGUUUGGUACUAAAUGCUAUAUGCAAUUUUCUGUUGUAUAAAGUUAGUGGCAGAAACCUUGGCCACACUGCUCACACUAUGCUGUGCUCAGAAUAAAACAUGAUUUUUGGUUACAAAUUCA